AUGUUUUCUUCCGGCAGUUUUGUCUGCGCUUCCUUCCGACAGUUCCGUCUGCGCUUCCUUUCGGCAGUUCUGUUUGCGCUUCCUUCCAACAGUUCCGCCUACGCUUCUGUGCUUUCUUCUGACAAUUCUAUCUGCGCUUUCUUUAGGCAGUUCCGUUUACUCUCAAGGAUUGAGAACUUACUGGAGGACAUAUGCAAAGAGAUUCAAGAUAACAAGGUGUUCAAGGAGGAGGUGCGAGCCAACUUUAAGAACCAGGGAGACACCAUCAAGAGGUUGGAGUCUCAAGUAGGUUAUCUCUCUGAGCACAUUCUCAAACCUACAGAUGGAUUCCCAAGUGAUACGGAGAAAAAUCCGAGAGGAGAAACAAAGAAAGUAAGAUGGGAAGAUUGCAAGAUGGUCACUAUAAGUGGUCAGGAGACCAAGGACGAGCCAACCAAGCUGUCAGAACAACCUAAAGAGACCUCAGCAGAGAAGCAAGAAAAGGAUCACCAAGAACCCAAAAUCUCACAACAAGAGUUGCUGAGACUCUAUGCACCCUUCCCCCAAUUACUCAAUGGUGCUGUGGAGAAGAGAAUAUACUCAAGGUUUGUUGAUUUGUUUGCAUCCCUCCAUGUAAACAUACCAUUCAUCAAGACCCUCCAACAAAUGCCGGCAUACAUCAAGUAUAUGAAGGAGCUACUUUCCAGGAAAAGCUCACUCAAGGGAGGCCAAACUAUAGUGAUGAAUAAAGAGCGUAGUGCUCUCAUUCAACCAGAGUUGCCUACAAAAAGAAAGGACCCAGGGAGUUUCUACAUUCCCUGUGCCAUAGGAGAAACCAUGUUUGAUAAAGGACUCUGCGAUUUGGGAGCAAGCAUCAACUUAAUGCCCUUAUCCCUUAUGAAGAGGUUGCAGAUCAAUGAGAUAAUGCCCACAGAUGUAGUCAUCAGGCUGGCUGACAAAACUAAAAAACAAGCAAUAGGAGUGGUGGAAAACGUGUUGGUAAAGGUUGGGAAAUACUUCCUUCCAACAGACUUUGUCAUAUUGGAAAUGGAAGAGAGUCACACUCACCCAAUCAUAUUGGGAAGACCAUUCCUAGCUACAGCCAGAGCACUCAUAAAUGUGGAGUGA